AUGGUGCUUGAUGAUGAUGAUAGGGAGCAAAAAUUAAUAAGUGAUUUACGGAGAAAGCGCGGGGUAGUGAAGGCGUCUCUAACGCGCAUACGUACAUUUAUUCAAAAUUUUAAACCCGGCGUAGAUGCCAUAACGUUAUUGGAAUUUCGUCAGGAAGAAUUACCAGUGCUCAAUCGCAAGUUUGAUGACAUCCAGUCACAAAUUGAGCUGAUCGAUGUUGAUAACGCUGAGUUAUUUGAGCAAGAAAGAGAACAGUUUGAAAAUGAUUUUUUCGCUACUAGGUCGGAAAUGCAAGAGCUGAUAAAUGCGGAAAAGAGUCAUAACUCGUCAAUGCAAAAUAAUAAUUCUAUGAACACAACUAUGUCAGCUCAUAGAGCUAGAUUGGCACCGUUAGCAUUGCCGACAUUUGAUGGCAAUAUACAAGAGUGGGAAUCUUAUUUUGAUUGUUUCAAGGCGAUGGUGCAUAAUGAGGAUGCUUACCCACCAGCUCAAAAAUUUUCGUACUUAAGAUCUUCACUGUCCGGGGCAGCAUUGGAUGUUAUCAAAGCUAUUCCGAUGACAGAAGGCAACUAUUCCGUAGCAAUAAAAAGGUUACAACAGAGAUACGAAAAUAGAAGUAUGGUUAUACAAUCUCACAUUCGUGCUAUAUUGGAUUUUCCGCAGGUGGAUUCCGCUAUAGCAAAUGAACUACAAGCGCUGCACUCUAAUGUGGUUUCUCAUGUCGCAGCACUAGAAGCACUAGGGCAGCCAGUAGAUAUGUGGGACGCCUGGCUGGUUACAGUUUUGCUUAGAAAAGUUGACCAUGCAACUUGUCAUGAAUGGCAGUUGCGACGUACCAAUAAUGAGCUGCCGAAAUAUAAAGACUUGGAAGAAUUUUUGUCAAGUCGCUGUAUAGCCUUUGAAAAUUCGGAAACAUGGGACAGCAGUAAGACAGCAGUCAAGAAAAAAUGGUCCAAUCCGGGAAGAAAGGUUACAUUAGCUGCAGUGGAAAUUAAAGAACUUCCACAAGGGGAGCGUUUCAACAUUGUUAGAGGUGCGAGAUUAUGUUUUAAUUGUUUUAGCCCUUAUCACAUGGCUCCUUCCUGUCAAUCGAAAUUCGUUUGCCAACUUUGCAAAGGAAAACACAAUACAAUGUUGCAUUUUGACAAGUUAAGUCAAAGAGAUACAAUUAAGAAGUUUAAUAGUAGCAUACCAACUGAAGAUCAGCAAACACCUUCUGCUUCUUCACAUGGUCAACAGCCGCCGGUUCAUUCUAUUUUAGCAGCAAAAUCAAUUGAUUCACAUGUCUUUCUUUCUACUGCUGUAGUGCAAGUAACUGAUGGUCGUGGUUUUAUGCGUGACUGUAGAGCAGUGUUAGAUAGUGGAUCAAUGGUGAACUUUAUUUCAAGGAGUUUAUUAAAUGUUUUGCAACUUGCCACUCAGAAAACAGAAUUACCAAUUAGGGGUGUGGGAGCUAGUCGAGUUCAAUCUGUAGCCAAGGUUGAAAUACAUUUAAGGUCCAAGGUCACAAAUUUCAAAUUAGUUUUGCCAUGUUUUGUAUUACCAACUAUAGUCAGUCAACUUCCACCAUGUGCUGCACCAGCAAAAUGUUGGAAAAUUCCUUUAGAAUUUGAAUCUAAAUUAGCAGAUCCUAAGUUCAACGAAGCCGGAUCAAUUGAUCUCUUAAUUGGGGCUGGAAUAUUUUAUGAGCUUUUAGAAGUAGAUCGAGUGCCACUGGGGAUUGGUAACCUUAGUUUACAGGAUACGAAACUAGGAUGGAUAGUUACCGGCGGACUUGAAGUAACUUGUCUUUUAGGAGUUAAUUCUCUUGGAGAAUCUAUAGAAAGUGAUUGGAAGCCAGUACUUGCAGAUAAAGAGCAAUAUGGACAAGGAUCAAAGGCAAAUCAGAGGUGUGCUGAAGAAGAAGAAACUCUUCAACAUUUUCAAGAUUCAGUUAGGCGAAAUGAAGAGGGUCGCUUUGUUCUGCGUUUACCAACCAAGCCUGAAAUACAAAAUUUAGGUGAUAGUCUAGUAAUGGCGACAUCCAGAUUUAUCAAUAUUGAAAGGCGACUUCAACGAGACGAAACGUUAAGAGUGGAAUACGUUAAAUUCAUGAAUGAAUACAUAGAUAUGGGGCACAUGCGAGAAGUAAAGUGUGAAGAAAGGUUGCUAAAGAAUGCAUACUAUCUACCACAUCAUCCAGUGUUAAAAUUAUCUAGUCUUACGACAAAGACUAGGGGUGGUUUUCGAUGGCUCAGCAAGAACUACAUCUGGAUUAUCACUAAAUGA